AUGUCGCUUAGCCCACUUGGGGAGCCUCCAGCUGGGACGAACCUAAAUGCUGAUCACGGUAAACUGAACUAUGCUCCUGUGAUCGCAACCUAUUCCCUUGCAGUGAUAACUGUUGGGCUUCGAUUUUAUACAAGAUUUCGAGUGCAAACUGUGAAAAUAGGUGCAGAUGAUUGGGUGAUCGCGGCGGCCUUGCUGCCCGCAACUGCAGGUCUCGUUUUGCUUGUGCGUGCGAAUGCAUAUAAUGGUCUCGGCAAGCAUGUGUGGAGUAUCCCUCCUAAUGAAGUUGUGGAAAUGAUGCGCAUUCUCUUCAUCUUCAUCCUAUUCUACGUGCUUACCACUCCACUCGUUAAAUUAUCCAUCCUUCUCUUCUACCGCCGUAUCUUCGUUUCGUACUACUGGACACAGUUUGCAGAACCCAGUGGAGGAAGAUGUGUGUUUAAGAUCUACCCAUUCUUGGUCACCCAAGCUACGGUGAAUAUGGCCACAGAUGUGCUCAUCCUAGUGGUUCCAAUCCCUAUUUUAUGGAAUCUACAAAUGCGAAGACCACAGAAAAUCUUACUAUCCGGCAUUUUUUUGGUUGGAGGAAUUGUCUGCAUUGCAAGCUUUAUCCGGAUUUAUUACAUUACCUUCCUCAAAACCCCCUACGAUUAUACCUGGGUCAUAGGCAACUUCUACCUCUGGUCCAGCAUUGAGCCCUCCAUCGGCAUCUUAUGCGCCUGCCUCCCAACACUAUAUCCACUGCUCCGCUCAAUUGUGGCCCGCAUUUCUGGCAAUAGUUUGAGGAGGUAUUCUGAGGCUUUACGCAACCAGGACACAGCGAGCAAAAGAAUAUAUAUUGGUAGACAAAGGCCACUUGACUGGGACGAGACCUUGUUGACUACACAUGACGUACAAGUCGAGAUGAGCGGAACCAGGAGGGAUAAUGCUCAGGAUCGUCACAUUACGGUUGAUACGGAAUUUCGAAUAGUCGAAGAGAGCAAUCAAUUGAAGUAA